AUGGAAGUCUUUCUUCACCGUGUCCCGGCGGAUCUUAAUCGGCAUGGCUUCAAACGCGAACUUCACCCCUUCAUGAAGUACCUCCGAAUCCAAGAUUUUAUUUGUGACAAGCCCAGAAAGAAACGUUUUGGCACUAUUACAUUUCUGCAUGUCAGCGACGGAGAAAGAUUCCUGCAGACGUAUGGAGAAAAGCAAAGCCCGCAUGGUCCUCUCCCUGGGGAACUAAAGUCAAAUCUGAAUCUUUUGGGAGUCGAUGUAUGUUGCAAACCAAGCAGAUAUCCACCAAAGCCUUUCGCUUUGCGGACGUUGGAACACGAGGCCCAAGAAAGGGCAAAGGGUUACCGGGAGCGACCAGAGGAGUCUGUCGUUUUUGAAAUGCAGCAAUACAGCUGUGGAAGAUGCGACUUUCUUGGGGAUCGGUUGACAUACAGUCCUGAGGUUCAAUGGCCAGCAGGAGGAACUGUCAAGUUCAAGACGCGAUCUAUGAUCGUCAACGUAAUUCCCGAGUGUCGAAUUCAAAUACCUCUUGCCACCAUUAUUAGCUUGAUAUACUCGAUUGACGGUACUCUCACAGUUACCCUCUCUGAUGUGCCCUUCUUCUUCAAGGCAAUGGGGCCUUCCUACAAUCCGGUGGGGAUACCAUCCAGUCAGAUACGUCUGUCAUGUUUAGGGAACGGACAUGACCAGAUAGUUGGACAGUGCUUGGUUUAUCAGUUCAAAGUUUCUGUAGUGGACUUUAGGGCAAAUAUAGAAAGGCUCAAAGAUUGGGAGAUAACCAUCCAUCGUUACGACCUGUCCACAGCAAGGUCCCUAUUAUCGUCACAGACAGUCUUGGUUGAGUUUCACAAACUGUUGAAUGAGCUAGCGGAAUGCACGCGCAAGAAAUCUGUGCCGUUUGGGAUUCUUUUCCAGCUUCAGGCGUUGGCACAAAACGCAUACCUGCAUCCCACCACUAGUCGUCAAUUGACCGAAAGGUUAUGCAAAAAGUUCUCUGAAGAUAGGGCAGCAGGACGAGGUUCUAUCACCGUGGACGGAAUAAGAAAGCUUUUUAAUAUGAUCGGCUGGCCGUUUCCUGGAGAUGAUCCGUGGGGCUAUGAGGUAGACUCUCUCAUGGCGACGCUUGAGGAGAAUCACAGAGAGAUACAAGACGGCUUCGCCUAUAGAGAAGGGCUUCAUGAGAACACACCUAACAUGACAAAAGUCUAUAGGGUCAAUGUGACCCCCACCCGAAUCACACUGCAUGGGCCCGAAAUGGAACCUCAAAAUCGGAUUUUACGCAAGUUUCCCAACCAUCACGACAACUUCAUCCGUGUACAGUUCUGCGACGAGAAUGGAGGAGAUUUGCUUUUCAAUGCAGGGAUGGACUACAAGGAUAUUUUCGCGCGAUUCAAAGACAUUAUGACAAGGGGGAUCCAGAUCGCCGGUCGCACAUAUAGUUUCCUCGGGUUUUCGCAUUCCUCAUUGCGAUCUCAUGUGGUUUGGUUCUCUUCUCCCUUUAGUGAUGAUAAUGGUCAUAUGCAGACGCACUUCUCGAUCAUCAAUGCAAUCGGUCAAUUCUCACAUAUAACGUCACCGGCACGGUGUGCAGCGAGAAUUGGCCAGGCCUUCACCGAGACGCCAUUCAUGGUCCCGUUAGAAAAGCAUGGGGUGUUAGUCUCAACCACUUCGGACCUCACAUCGCCGGACGGUUCACGGGUGUUCAGUGAUGGGGUCGGAGCUAUAUCGCGAGAGGUGGUGGAAAGUAUUUGGGCCGACAUACCAUUAAAAAGGGGAAAUCCUACAUGCUUUCAGAUCCGUUUGGGUGGGGCGAAAGGCAUGCUUGCUGCUGAUACCCGAUUGCCCACUGCGGUCAUUCAGAUCCGCCCAUCAAUGGUCAAGUUCGAUAGUGAGGAUAUGCAAAACCUGGAGAUCUGCAAUAUGGCGUCCAGACCUUAUCCCAUGGUUUUAAAUCGCCAGGUGAUUAAGAUCUUGGAGGAUAUGGGUGCCCCCCAGGAUUGGUUCUUUCAAAUGCAGAAUGAAGAGCUGACGCGUCUUCAGUCGAUCACUGUCAGUACAGAUAAGACAUCAAGGUUUCUCAAAGACAAGUCAGUUGCUGAGUGCAUUGGACUUUAUCGACUCUACCGCCAAUGUUACUGGACACGCCUGAACUAUAAGAAGGAUGGCUUCCUCCGUGCCAUUGUUGAGGCGGUGGUUCUCAGAGAGCUCCGGCUCCUGAAGCAUAAAGCGCGCAUCCCGGUGAAGAAAGGCAUGACACUAUACGGGAUCAUAGAUGAGACAGGCUUCCUUCAAGAAGGUGAGGUUUAUGUGACAUUUGAUCGUAUGGAAGGGCGAUAUGCGGCACCUCCUGGGUCUGGGCAUAUCUUGGUGACUCGCUCGCCUGCGCUUCACUGUGGCGACAUUCAACGUGCCCAAAACGUCAUACCCCCAGAGGGCCAUCCACUAAGGUUCCAUCGUAACUGCAUCGUAUUCAGUCAGAGAGGAAGUCGGGACCUGCCAAGUAAGUUGAGUGGAGGGGAUCUCGAUGGUGAUUUGUAUCAUGUCAUCUGGGAUCCUGACCUACAGAGCGUUGAGACAUUUGCUCCCGCAGACUACCCGCGUCCCACAUCUAUUGAUAUAGGGCGUGUGGUGACGAAAGAUGACAUGGCUGCAUUCUUUGUGGAAUUCAUGCGGUCUGAUAUUCUUGGUAUGAUUGCUAUCCGCCAUAUGAUCAUGGCAGAUCAAGCUGCUUUGGGAACCAGGGAUCCCUCAUGCUGCAUUCUGGCUGAACUACACUCGAAGGCCGUGGACUUUUCUAAAACUGGAAUUCCCGUCAACAUGAUGGAUAUGCCUAGAGUGAACCGUUAUCGACCGGACUUUUUGGCGCCAGGACCCCAAACACGCCUCUAUAAUAAAUCCAAGAUUGGGCUUGAGCAGCAUGUUUCACAUGCCAACUAUGACGAUAAUGAUGACGCUGAUGCAGAGGAACCCUACCGUUACUAUAAGUCAGAGAGGAUCCUUGGAAAUCUAUACCGGGCGAUCGAUGAACAAAACAUCUGGCGCAAGCACGUUCUUUCUGUGUCUGACACAGACGAGGAAACUUUUUGGAAUAGUGUGAUUGAGGACUGCCUCGGGAGGUGUAAGUCGUUGUCACGAACCCCGAGGGAAGAACAUCUUGGCGAAGCAAAGCGAAUUCGAGCAGCAUACGAAGACGCGAUAAUUUCUGCCAUGGACACCUACUCUGACCAUCCAACUAAGCCUAUCAGCGAGUUAGAGGUCGUCAUCGGGUCCAUCAUUAACAGAAGGGGUGUACAGACCCGCCGCCAACGUGACCGAUCAAAUAAACUACACGAAGAGUUCGACCGAGUUGCUACAUGGAUUACAAGCAUCAUGCGCCGGCAGGAGGUUGAGGACCCCGAUCCUAAUGGCUUAGAGCUAUCCAUGGCAUGUCUUUAUCAUGGGAUCCAAGGGAGCGAUUCCUGCUACCGCAAGGAUAUAUACGGUGAGCUUAAGAGCUUCAGAGUUGUCGCAGCCUGUGCACUGUUAGCCGAGUUGGAUCAUCGCGACAAGGCUGGUCCGAAGAAUUGCUUCACUAUGUGAAAUCUAUGAAAACUGUAGUGUCG